AGCUGAACUGGCUAGCUAGAUAGCGAGUCAAACGUAAUCAUCUUGGGUUUCCUUGUUCUGGAACGGGAGAGGGGUUGGAUAUGAGGACUCGACCCGGACAAACUUGUCGCUUGGAUAAAACUGGCUGUCAAAGCAGCUUGUGCUGGUGAGACACAAUGAGCUGAAUUUGAGUACCGCUCAGAGCAUUUUCAAGACUGACGGUCACAAACAAAUCAAUGAACUGGUACAAGUACAAGCAGUACUGAGUACUGGUACCGGUAGCUGUACAUGUACCGGUGUACCGGUAGUUAUCGAUAGCGAUACCGGUGGUGAAGAGACUUAGCUUCCUUGUGAACUGUGAACCAUCAAUAAUAAAAACUGGCACAAGACAUUUAAACAUCUCAAGGAACACCAUUUCAGUACUUUACAGUACUGUGAGGAGGCCACGUGAUAGAAACAGCGCCCACAGCCUGCAAACGGCCACCAUCGCUCUGUGGCUGCACGGCUACACCAAUGCAACAAUAAUUUCCGCUCGAGAAAGAGGAACGUUGUGCCUGUCCUUACUACAAAGGAGAAGGGCUCACUCACUCUGCUGGUGGAGAAGCUGCCACCAAUCAAUCAACACCAUCAUGAUGUCACCUACUAGCAACGAAGACCAUGUGGACGAAGAGGACGAAGAGGACGAAGAGGCCAUGAGCAUCAUCAGCGAUGCCGCCGUGGCAGUCCCAAAGCGACAGAGGCUCCCCGUUACCCGCAAGUUGUCGUUUGGUUCCCAGGCAUCCAGAGCCGCCGCUGCUGCCUUGGCGUCGGUAGAUGACAACGACGACGAUGUCGAGGCGUUGCUGCCCAAAGAACCCAAACAAAAAGCUCGUCGUGUCGCAUCGGGUGGCGCUGCAGUGGCUCACGUUCCUCGACGCAAUAUCGUUCGAGGCACCAAGACGUUGGACGAAACCGAGGCCGAACAAGCUGCCUUGCAACAACGGACUCCCUAUUCCGAACGUCCGUCGGAGAAGAAGAAGAAGAAGAAGAAACCGCAGGCCGAGGAAGAGAGUCUUGUGAAGAAUCAAGCCCAAGUGGAAACAAACGAUAGUUCAGACGACGGUAGUGAUUCCAACAGUGUUGGUAGUGAUGUGGCUGUUACAGCACCAUCCAAAAAGAAAAGGUUACCAACGGGCGAAGUGAUUCCCAGCAAGCCAAGAGAUGUCGAACAAGGAUUUCGCCGCCAAGUCAGCAAGAAAGAGUCGUUUGAUUCGGCUGGUAGUGCUGAUGGAUUGCUCUUCCAUAAUAAAAAAGACCAACAAGCACAAGGGCCACCGCUGAUGAACCCCAAGAAACUGUCCAGUUUCGACAGCGUCAGUCGUCAUACGGAAACUACUCGCACUCUUCGGUCUUCCUUUGGAGAAUCGGACAGCGACGAUGUCAGGUCCUUCCGGUCGGGAUAUUCCAGGAAAACCACCACCACCAAUCGCUCCCACAAAACACUGGCCGAAAUUCGACGCGAAAAGGCAGCUCUCGAUAUGUCUAAUCAUUCCAACGAAGUCCCCAAAACUGGUUGUCUCGGAUUGUCCCGUAAUACCUGGUUGAUCAUUAUCGUCACGACAAUUGUUGGAUUUUCCGCUGGUUUUAUGUUUCCCAUUUGGCAAAAACAAAAAGACGUGGCGCAUCAAGACGAAUCAGUCGCCGACACCGAAACCAACGUACCCGCGACGUUGAAACCAUUUGAUCCCUCCAUUCUCUACUGGGGUGGAAGUGACGAACAAGACGAAGAAAAUUAUGGUAAUUACAGUUACCCGUCCCCCAUGGACUACCCAACCGCGGAACCCGAAGAGAUCAUUCCCAUUCCAUCGAUUGAUGUGCUUCAUUUGUUUGCCAACCAAUCCAUCCCGUUGCCGUCGCUCGAGAGUGCGCAGCACAUGGUUACAUUUGACCAAGAGCAUCUCGUUCGCACAGCCCAACUCUUUGUGCAAGGAAUGAUUCACAAAAAUGUCAAAAAACCCAUGUUGCGAGUCGAAAAGAUUCUUCAACCCGAAAAAGACGAAGGAGAAGAUUACGUCGUGCCGCACGGUGACACUCCAUUGCUCGCGUUUGAUGGUGAAGUGCCUUAUCCUACGACUCCUCGCGGCGACUCGAAUGACAAGUAUCCGCAAGGUGAUGUCCAGGAGUGGGAAGGGCGUCUCAAACACUACGGAAUCCACGAGUCGGAUGACACCACCCAACUGGAUGUCACCAAUGGAAUCUUGUACGUGGCACGAGGAAAUCACAUUACGGUGGUCGAUACCGAUGUGGGAACCGUCCGUGCCACCAUCUCCUUGCCAUCGUCUCCCUCGAACAAGAAAGGAGGAGCGCAAUUAUUGCGAGACGAGUGGUUGAUCCCCGCCGAAUCGGACGAAAACCCUCGUUGGAAACCGGCGCCGCCCUCACCGUUUAUUGAAAAACUGUUGCUAACAUCCUCUUUGGAUCAUUUGGUGGUCAUGGUAUCCAACUACACGUCAAUUCAUCAAGCGCGAGUCAAACCUCUCUUGCAAGAAUCUCUCGUGACCCAAGUCUUCACGUAUGAAUUGGUGCACAGAGGAAAUGUGACCGAGUGGACGUUGGUCGACGAGGAGCCCCAUGUUGUUCAUGGAAGAGUCCUCUAUGCCGCCCAAGUAAAUUUGAAUCAGCACAUUCACAUCGUCACGUCUUCGGCUGUUGAUACUUCUCGGCUGCUGGAAGAGCCACUCGAACGAAUGUAUUACCCCAAUCGCAAUGACAAGGUGUACGUCGACGAAGCCGUGGCUGCUGCCAAUGACAAGUACAUUCCACUCUUUGUGGAGCGCUUGCAAAAAGAACUUGUUGGCAUGAAUGGACCUGUCCAUUUCUCCUUGACACCCAUGGCCCAUUGGGUGACGGGAAGGGCCGAGUCGGAAGAAGAGCAGCAAUUGGAGGAGACCAUCAUGGCUCAGCAUCACUUACAAGAGGUGAUUGUGAUUACAUCACUUAGCAUAGUUCAAUCCAACAGUGGUGCGGCUUCCGCUAUCAUGCGUUCGGCUUCCAUUCGUCAAGAAAAAGCUGCCGGGUCAACUGCUCAGAAAUCGACCUCCGUGGUGCAAACUGCCUUCUUGGGACCUUCGGGAGUGGAUGUCGUUGGUUCCACAGACACGCACUUGACACUCACGGUACCUGGCUUCAAGUGGACCGGUGACAGGGUGUUCCAGGAAGCAACGCACAUGCUUCAAUGGGAACUUGGAACCAUUAGUCGACCUGGAUCAAGCCAACUUGCAGGCACCCGUUUCCAGGGUCUUGGAACGGUGCUGGGGCGCUUGGUCCAGUCGGCACGCCAAUCUUGCGAACGACGUGGCACAGAACUGCGAAUGGCCACCGUCCUUGCAUCACAAUGGCAAGUUGGAGUCAACGGCAAAAACGAGACAAUUGUGGAAGAGCGCUCGGUACGCAAAUCCUACCUUCAUGUCAUGGACGCGCAGACGUUGAGGGCUCGAUCGGGAUCACCACUGGAGCUGUUUGCCGGAGAAUCCACUUUGUUGCGUGCGGUGACCUACUUGGAAGAUGUCGCAUACGCAUUCCCAUUGGAGCCCGUUUCUUCCAGAGAUGUCGACAAGACAUCUGUUCAAGUGAUCGAGUUUGAUCGUUCACCAGAUCUCAUGUACGGGGUAUCGGUUGUAGCAUCGAUGAGGCCUGCUCCCCGUGGCUUUUCUCCACAUUUGCAUGAACUUCCAAUUGCCGAUAGCGAUCAAAAGUAUUUGGUGUCUAUCGCAGAGAACAUUACUGAGCACGGCUUGAGCAUGGGGUGGAUGGUUUCUUUAUGGGAUGCCACGGACGCUUCGAAACUGGUUCUGAUCAACCACCAGUCUCUGCAAGCUCCAACCACACUGACAGACUGGAAACCGCAAACCUUUCGCUUGACCCCCAGCGGCCAGCUAGUACUGCCCAUGACUGUCGAGUACAUUGGAGGCGCUGCUUCAGCCGAAACGAGGCCAACAGACAUGACUGGUUUUGUGGUUCUGAACGUAUCCGCAUCGGAGAUCGAGGAGCACGCACGAGUUGUGCAUGUCGAUGCGGUUUCGAGCAUUAGCGAAUGCACAGCGAGAGAUGGAGAAUGCCCACUGGAUGCGAGGAGUUUCUGGCUAAGCCCCUCGAUUCUGACGGUGGGAGGAAGCUCCGUGCAGCUGACCGGAAUCGACACCGAUGGCCAGUCUGGUGUGACUGAAUGGUCGCUUGGGCUUUCGUCCUUCCACAACAAGAUGUAGUGGAGGAGAUGCCACGACAUAUUGGCCUGUUAAGCGAUGACAAAAUGUGGUGGCUACCACCCAGUCUUACUUCAUAUUUUGUUGGAUACUUAGUUAUAAUUGAAUCUUAGUUUUAUUUCUCAAACCUGGUACAU